CUAGUUAGGAAGGAGUGGAAAAAUGUAAAUUAGGACACAAAAUAUAUAGAAUAGAUAGAGCAGUGGAGAGAGAUGAAGGGGGGUGGCGUGAAAACUUGUUGUCACGCCGUCCAAACAAACCUUUGAACCCAAUCUGCCACCCCACGCGCAAUCACUAAGUACAACUCUCUCAUUCACUUUCUCUCUCUUCUUUUCUACUUGAUUUGUACAUAUAUAAAUACAUUUAUGAAACCUUCUUCUCUUAAGUCUUAGACAACAAUACAUCAACAAAACACGACAAACCAGUUCCUUUCUCUAUAGCUAAUAUACCUCCAUCCAUUUCUCUCCUUAUUUUUCGUUUUUGUUAAAACCUCUCUCUCUCUCUCUCUCUCUCUCUCUAAUAUUCCCUUGAUCUAGCUACUACUUUGAUCUCACUUAUAAUAACCUAGCUAUAUCCCUGUAUAUUGAGAUCACCGCGAUCGUUUAAUUUGGUCACCACUUGAUCGAGAAACUGAUCAUCGGAUCUCUGAAGACUGAAUUAUUCCUAGGAGAAUAUAAUCUUUAAAGCUAUAUAUGGAAAUGGAAUCUUGUGUCCCACCAGGUUUUAGGUUUCAUCCCACAGAAGAAGAACUUGUCGGUUACUACCUCAAAAGAAAGAUUAACGCGCUCAAAAUUGAUCUUGAUGUCAUUAUUGACAUUGAUCUCUACAAAAUUGAGCCAUGGGAUAUCCAAGCGAGAUGCAAUCUAGGGUACGAUGAACAAAAUGAAUGGUACUUCUUUAGUCACAAAGACAAGAAGUACCCUACUGGAACGAGGACUAACAGAGCAACGGCAGCUGGGUUUUGGAAGGCAACAGGAAGAGACAAAGCUGUGUUUUCAAAGAACAGAAUGAUUGGGAUGAGGAAGACCCUUGUCUUCUACAAGGGACGCGCUCCCAAUGGCCGCAAAUCUGACUGGAUCAUGCAUGAAUAUCGCCUCCAAACAUCUGAGCAUGCACCACCCCAGGCAAAAGGAUGGGUUGUAUGUCGAGCAUUCAGGAAGCCAAGUCCUAGUCAUCAUCAAAGGCAAGGUUGUGAAAUGUGGAACCAUGCUAAUUACUACGUAAGAGAAAAUAGCAACAACAUGAGGCAGCUUCCUUAUUGUUCUUCUGCGGAUUUUGUGGAAGAAAAACAUAAUAACAUGCAGGCUAAUCAUCCAAAUCUAGCCGCAACUGCUUUCCACAACUGCUUUCCUCCUUCAGCACAUGAAGAACUCGUAGUCUCCACUACUAAUCAUAGCCUUGUAGACCAUAUCCAACUCACUCAUGAGCUCCUCCCUCAGCUCGAUAGCCCCUCCAUCUCGGCAAAUUUGGCCACCAAUGAUCAGAGUUUCCAGCAUAACAGCACUACUAAUAUUCUCAACGAUCAUGACAACUAUGACAAUAACGAAAUAAGGAGCAACAUUAGUAGCACUAGUACUGGUACUAGUGCUAGUCAAUAUAUUGACUGGAAAAACUUGGACAGUUUUCUUUCAUCCCAACUGAGUACUGAUCCAAUUACAUCCUUUGUGGCUUCUGAUAAUUUGCCUCCUUUGGUCCCCCAAAAUUAUAGGCAAGAAAAUCUGAACCACCAUUAUUUUGGGUGUUUCCCUGAUCAGUUGUGACAAACUAAUAUACAUUGAUCAAGUAUAUAUAUAUACAUAUAUACGUAUUGAUCAAGUAUAUAUAUAUAUGUGUACGUACGUAUUAUGUCGACCAUUUAUGGUCACAUUUUGUUUGUGCAUGGGAUUAGAAGAAGGUGGACGAAGAAGAAAAAGAAAAAGAAAGAUAUAUAUAUAUAUAUAUCUAUAGCAUGCAUGCUGACAAUUAUAUCGAAUUUAUUACAAUAAAUAACACAGUCCAUGCCUAAAGACUAGUAGGAACAGGAUAUUAAGCUAUGCUUUAGAUUUGUUUUCUCCUUUACUUAAUCAAACAUUUAUAAUAAUAUAUAUAAUGUAUAUCACUGCUUCGCAUGCGCAUUCUUAAUUAGAGAAAAAGAAUGAUUGUAUUUGGAAAAAAAAAAGGCUCCUUAAAAAGUGAGUGAGUCACGUUUGAGAGUGCAAUUUAGAGAAAGUUUUUAAUUCAGUCUUUUACAUUCUUUAUAUACUUUUUUAUUUUCAAUGUAAAUGUAAUGUUGUGCUUCAGUACUACA